AUGCCAUUAAGCCUCAAUCAGAAGAAGAUCAUACGUCCGGCGAAUUGUUGCACUGCUCAGAUGAGUCAAUUGGUCGCCGUUGAUGAUGUAAGAGCUCCUUGCUCGUGUCCUCAGUUGCUGCGCGAUCAACGAGCCCCAAAUCGCUCUAUGACCCAGGCUGACUAA